GUUGCAAAGAUCAAGGAGCUUUUGGAGAGGGAGAAAAAUAUUCCACUAAAUAUUGGCAUCACAGGAGAGUCUGGUUCUGGUAAAUCCACCUUUGUUAAUGCCUUCAGAGGUAUAGACAACAAGCAUGAGGGAGCCGCCCCUACUGGUUGUGAAGAAACCACCAUGGAGGCCAAACCAUACCCCCAUCCAAACUAUCCCAAUGUUACACUAUGGGAUCUUCCUGGUAUUGGCACCCCCGAUUUUUCAGCUGACAAGUACCUGGAGCUUGUUGAAUUUAAAAAGUUUGACUUCUUCAUCAUCAUCUCAGACACACGCUUCAGAGAAAAUGAUGUGAAGCUCGCUCAGGAGAUAAAGAAGAUGGAGAAAAGGUUCUACUUUGUUCGCUCAAAGAUAGACCAUAACUUACAAGAUGAGAAUAGAAGCCAGAGGGAGUUCAACAAAGAAAGGACUCUUUCAAAAAUCAGGGAAAACUGCAUUCAAGGUCUUGAACAAGCAGGUGUGGUCUCCCCCCAAGUGUUCCUGGUGGCCAGUUUUGAUCUCCAGCUGUAUGACUUUGCUCUCUUACUGAACACCUUAGAGAACAAAGAAGCUUUCCAUAAUAAAAUCAAAUACGUGGCUACAGACCUGUCGCCAGACCUCAUCGCGGUUGCACUUGACCUGCAGGUCCUGCCAGGCCCAGGGCUCCACGGAGCUACUAGCAUCAGGCUCAGACUGUCGUCCGGGGUCUCCUUCUCCAACUACAACAUCAGGAGACGUCGGUGUCGUAUCCAGUUUGGCAGAGAAGACUGUUGGUGGGCUUUUCAACCACUUACGGAUAUCCAUGACGAACUGAAGCGACGACGGGUGUGCUGGGCUACAGUGAGUGCAGCUGUAGCAGCUGUACCAGUUCCUGGGCUUUCUAUUGCUGUUGAUGUGGGCAUAUUGGUUGGUGUUGUCAAAGAAUACGUUCUUAGGUUUGGACUUGAUAUCCUGUCACUGAAGAGACUCUCUGAUAGGACAAAUGUGCCAUUUGAUGAUCUGAUUGCUGUCAUUAUUUCACAACUGGCUGCCACAGAAAUAACCUCUGAUCUUCUCUUGAAGGUGAUUGGUCAACAGUCAGGCUCAGCACUAUUAAUGGCAGCAGAGGAAGUGUCCAGAUUCAUUCCAAUACUUGGAAUCCCAGUAGCAAUGACCCUCUCUUUUAAAUCCACCUACAACAUUCUCAAAAUCAUCCUCAACAUGCUUGCUGAGGAUGCUCAGAGUGUGUUUAAACGGGCCCUGGGUUUGAACAGCUUAGUGUGA